AUGCUUCUUAAUGAGUCUCACGCGAUUCCUCCCUCUUUGGGAGGACGAGAAAGGUUUGUUCAGAAUGCAAUUCAAGCGGCAACGCAGGCCCACAUCAAGUUUCAAGAUUCUUUCAUUUGUCAUGCCUUCAAUCUUCUCAACUCCAAGGGUUUCUUUUUGGGAGAUGACCCACUCAACUUUUCUGUUCCUCUCAUUUUGCUCCAGCUUUCACUCAUGUCCAUCUUCACUGGUUUCUUUCUCUUUCUCCUCAAGCCCUUGGGUCAACCCUAUAUUAUUUCUCAAAUUCUUGGCGGUUUGACUUUAGGACCUUCAAUUCUUGGGCGCAACUCGGAAUUUGCCAAGAGAGUUUUCCCACCCAAAGGAAAAUGCGUGCUUGAUACCUUUGCUUUUUUCGGCUUAAUGAUAUUCGUCUUCCUAGUUGGCAUAAAGAUAGAUCCUACCAUCAUUUCUAGAUCAGGUAAAAGGACCUUGGCCAUGGGAGUUUUGGGUUUCAUUGUUCCGUACACCUUAGCCCAAACGGUUGCCUUUAUCGUCAGUCAAUUUUUUCCAUUGGAUCAAGAUAUUGCUGAGGCGCUUCCUAUUGUGGUGGUAAUUGCAUCUAUGACAGCGUUUCCAGUGAUAACUUGUUUUCUUGCUGAACUCCAUAUUCUUAAUUCAGAGAUUGGGCGCUUGGCCUCUUCUUCUUCACUCGUUUGUGAUGUUUUCCACUGGUCAUUCAUGGCAAUUCAGUUUUCCUCAAGAUUAGCCCACACACAGUCAAUAGGAGUAUGUUUUGAAAUUUUCUUGGCAACCGCUCUUCUUAUUUCUUUCAUCAUGUUUGUUGUGCGUCCAGCAGCAUUAUGGGCAAUUCGACACACCCCAGAGGGAGAACCUGUUAAGGAAAUCUAUAUUUUUGGGGUCCUCUUGACAUUUUUGAUCAGUGGAUUCAUGGGCCAACUGCUUGGCAUCCAUGCAUAUCUUGUGUCUUUCGUGCUAGGGUUGGCUAUACCAGAUGGGCCUCCGUUAGGAGCUGCACUGGUAGACAAGAUUGACUGCUUUGUUUCUGCAGUGUUCCAGCCUAUUAUUUUUAUCGUAUGUGGAUUAAGAACAGAUGUUUUUGCCAUAAAGGAGCUGAGGAAUGUGGGUGCAGUUCAUUUAAUAAUUUUUGUUGCCUUCUGUGGGAAGAUUGUAGCAGUACUAUUGCCUCUCCUUUUGUGUAGGAUGCCUUUCCGAGAUGCUCUUUCUCUUGGUUUUGUUAUGAACUGCAAAGGCAUUGUUGAACUGGCCUUGUUGAUUGACUGGAAAUUAGAAAAUACCAUGAGUGAGGAAUUUUAUGCAAUUAUGAUCAUUUCUGUCAUGCUCGUAACUGGGAUUGUAUCGCCUGUUGUCAAGAUCCUUUAUGAUCCAUCAAGGAGGUUUCUUGCUUAUAAAAGAAGGACAAUUUUGCAUCAUAGCAACAAUGAACCUCUGCGAAUUCUUGCAUGCAUUCACAAACCAGAUAAUGUCUUGGCAAUUCUGAACCUUCUUGCUGCUUCCAAUCCCAACAUAAAAAGCCCAAUUGAUUUAGUUGUGCUCCACCUUGUUAAGCUUGCAGGCCGUGCGUCCUCUCUACUUGUUGCGCAUGUGCCACGGGAAAAUACUUCUCGACAUUAUCCAACUGAGUCUGAGAAAAUUUUCGACUCAUUUGUGAAAUUUGAGCAUGAGCAUGGAGGCCUGGUUACUCUGUGCUGCUAUAAAGGCAUCUCCCCAUACGAAACAAUGCACAAUGAUGUGUGCUACAUGGCACUUGAAAAGAGAGUAACCUUUAUAGUCAUAUCAUUUCAGAAGAAGUGGAUACAUGGAAGGAAACCUGUGGCAUCAUUUCCCUUCAAGCACUUGACUAGGAAUGUUCUAGAGAAAGCUCCUUGCUCAGUUGGGGUCCUUGUGGAUCGUGGCAAUCAACGAAGCUUUCGGGGUGAUCAUUGUGCCAGGGAACCAACAUAUCAAGUAUCAGUGUUCUUCUUUGGAGGAGCAGAUGACCGUGAAGCCCUUGCCUUGGCAAGGCGCAUGUUGGAACAACCCAAUGUGCAUAUAACACUAGUUCAUUUUUCUUCUCCUUCAACAGAGAUUGUUGCCGGUACAGAAAGGAGCAAAAUGCUUGAUACCCAGAUCUUGAGUGACUUUAGGCUCAGCGCCUUUCGGAACGAAAGAGUUUCUUAUAAGGAAGCCCAAAUAAUGGAUGGGAGGGAUGUGCUUUCAACUGUUGAAGACAUAGACACUGUUUAUGACCUUGUUAUGGUUGGAAGAAGGCAUGGGGACUCAAAUCUGAUGUCUGAACUUAAGAAUUGGAAGGAUGGAGAAUUGGGAACUGUGGGAGAGAUUCUUGCCUCCUUAGACAUUGGAGCUAAAACUGCAGUUCUUGUAGUGCAACAGCAAACCAGAUUCUGGGGACUACGUGACCCUGAGGAAUCAACACAGCUCAGGAGAGAAAGAAUAGAAACUUACGGCGUUUGAUCACAAUUAAUUUUUUUUUUUUUGCCCCCCCCCCAACCCUUUUGCAUCUAAGUUCAUUCUGAAUACUAAGUAGAGAAGUGAUAGCAUUUCAAUCAUUACUAGUUCCGAGCUGCGGGUGGGUGGAAGGAAUCUUAUUGAAUCACUGUAAAGCCAUCUGCCUUGAAAUAGGGAGGCCCCGUUGAUGGAGGAUAUCUUUACUACGGAAAAGAUUAAGGCAGUUUUUUUUUUUAGGUUGAAAUUUUACUGGGAGGUUCUCCAAUAGAAAACAUAACACAUGCAAGACUUUCUUUGGAAAAAUCGAUUAUAGAGUGAAAUGCUAAGCAGUAAAAAGAAAUCCAACUUGAUAAUCUGAUAUACUGGUGGCUAUUUUUAAAUUAAUGGGACACGUUUUUUCGUGUACUGCUAAUGCACAACAUUUGAAGUAAUGAGACACACAAUUAAUAACUAGAAUGGCGUGGAAAGAUACAUUUGUGAAAGAAAUAGGAAACUAAAGGCAGAUAUUGCUGCUUGAUGCGAUCAAAUUUGAGGAACAGAGGGUUUGUGAGCCGGGGGACAUUGCAUCUUAAUUAAUCAGCGAAGCGUACCAUUGCAGAGAAAAAGCAAAAAGCAAGCAGCAUGCAACUAAGGAAGACAAAAAUACGAAGGGUGGGAAGAAGAAUGUCGGGAAUAGGAUUUGAGUGUUGGUAAAGUGAAGAAAAGGAAGGAAGCAUAAUGCAGAGCU